GUCGCUGGUGUUGCGUGCAUUUCCUGCGGAUGAAGUGAAUGACUUCAUCCGGUGAAUCUGUGUGAGUGUGGGGUUUGGCCGUGCUUUUCUCUCCCGCGGUACCGACUCCGCCUCGUCCACGAAAUAAGUUCCGCUUUCGGAAGGCAUUCCAGCAGCGUUCGGGCGUUCAACGUAAUCAGCUUUUACCCGCAGCCCUUGCCCGUAAGCGGUUGUCGUUGUCUCCGACAUCGUUCCUCAUUGCUGUCAUCACCGCCGCCCAUUGCCCCGAGAGGCCGAGGCACCAGCAGCCAACACAGCAUGUCUAGCCGCAAGACCAAAGGGCGGGGCCCGACCAAGAAGCGCGCCCAGCGCGCGACGUCCAACGUCUUCGCCAUGUUCGACCAGGCGCAGAUCCAGGAGUUCAAGGAGGCUUUCAACAUGAUCGAUCAGGACCGGGACGGAUUCAUCAGCAAAGAGGACCUCCACGACAUGCUCGCGUCUCUGGGCAAGAACCCCGAGGACCCGUACCUGGAGGGCAUGAUGAACGAGGCUCCCGGCCCCAUCAACUUCACCAUGUUCCUGACGCUGUUUGGGGACCGGCUGCAGGGCACCGACCCAGAGGACGUCAUCAAGAACGCCUUUGCCUGCUUCGACGAGGACAAUGUGGGCCGCAUCCACGAGGAGCGCCUGCGGGAGCUGCUCACCAGCAUGGGAGAUCGCUUCACCGACGAGGACGUUGACGAGAUGUUCCGGGAGGCGCCGAUUGACAAGAACGGCAUGUUCAACUACCUGGAGUUCACGCGCAUCCUCAAGCAUGGGGCUAAAGAGAACGACGACCAGUGAAACAAAAUCGGUUUGGGACCAGAGCUUGAAACAGAUUUUUGUACUUCCUUUUGUUAUGAAAUAAACGUACCGUGCCACUCGAGGGAUGCGUUCAUCCCAAAAAGAAAUCACGGCAUUCUUUUGAA